AUGGUGGGCAAAUUCAUGCGCUCCCUUUCCUUCCCCAACAAGAAACCUCCACCACCACCUCCAAUCUCCCACCACUUGAGAUCCAUCAGUCUCCCAUCUCGACCCCACCCCCUGAUCUCACACUUGCGCCGCCAUAUCGACGAGCUACAUCUAUGGUCAAGUCAGCAGCCAGGUGCCACCAGAACUUCGAUGUGGCUCUGCGACGGUCUGGCUCGACUCAAGGACGUGCACGACUACCUCGACGACAUCAUCCAGCUCCCCCAGACUCGGGAGUCUCUCUGUCGCCAGCCAGGGUGGAUCGAGAAUCUUCUGGAAGAUUUUCUCCGCUUCGCGGACGCGUACGGAGGCUUUCAGAAUGUUAUGUUCGGCAUGAGAGAACUGCAUCUCUCCGCCCACGUGGCGGUGAGGAAGAGGGACGACGUGAAGGUCGCGAUGUUUCUGAAAUCAAGAAGGAAGUUGUGUAUGGAAAUGGCUAAACUCGUCAACGCGAUUCAAACUCCGAGGAGGAGCGGGUUGGAGUGCUCUCAUGUUGUUAUGGCACCGGAGGAUGUCGAGCUGGCGGGGAUCUUGAGGGAGAUCGUGGAGGUGACCAUGUUGGUUUCGACGGUUGUUUUUGGUGGGUUUUCGACGAGGAAAACGACGUCGAGUUGGAUGGGAGGGCUGAGGAAGAGGGCGAGGCGGUCUGCUACGAAGAUUGUAGAAGUUGGGAUUGAGGAGAUGAGAGGAUUGGGUGGAGAGUGCUUGUUGGGGUUGAAGAGAAAAAGUGAGGAGGAAGUUAGGACGGUUAUGAGACAAGUGCAGACAAUGGAGGCAUGUAUUUGUAAGAUCGAGAAAGGAGGGGAAAAGAUGUUUAGGAGCUUGAUUAGUACUCGAGUUUCACUUCUCAAUUGUCUCGCUCUCUAG